CGCAUCUUUUGUUAAAUUCUUUGCCGAUGACACAUCUUUGCAUAGUUGCACAAUUGAAAUGAGCUGACCUUUGACAUCCCUUCAGAUUUUUCCGAGAAAGAAAGGAACUCACACUGGAAAGAUUACUUUCGAUAUCAGCAUUUCCGAGAAAUCCAGGAACACGUCCAAAAGGCCUACUUACUCUGCUCCCCUGGAGUAGCUAUGUCGUCCCCUUUUUGUGCGUGAAGAACUGGGUCCAAGGUAACAGACCCAAACAAAGAUGGCGUCUGUGUUUUCUCUCCCGACUUAACUUGCCAUAUGAUGGUUGCUCUUUCUUUGAAGCCGAAUUGUAGAAAGUUGAAUCAUGGAAAGUUGAACUGGUAGUUUUGAACUACAGCUGGUUGUUUUUCUUUUGUUUAACGUGAAAGGGUGGGAUGGAGGAAUCAAAGACGGACUCGAGGUAUUCAGUUGACCAUCAGUAAGUUACUUGAAACGAAAUGUCAUUUGGUGGAAAGUCGUUCAAGAGGGAAGAGCUUCGUAUGAAACUAGAGCUUCAGAAGCUAACAAAACAAUCCAAGAAUGAAUUCUCAGGCUUGAAUCCGAACGACAAGUCCAAAUUUCUUGAGAGCAGUUUGAAAACUGCUUUGGCGCUUAAAAACCAACCAAUAAAACGGAGUCGUCCCGCGAAAAGCAAGCAAAAAGUGACAGGUAUAGAAAACAACGAAUCAGAUGGUGAGGUUCCUCCACCAAGUCCUUCAAUUGAUUUAGCUCCGGAGCUGAGAUCAACGCCAGACUCGGAGAUACAUGCAAAGGCUGUUGCUGGAGUGGACUGCUUUGGUGCUGAUUUGAGGAGUUCUGAUUUGUUCUCCCGAUCUACUGGUGUAGCUUCUAUCCGAUCGAAAGUCGACUUGAAUGUUGUAAUGUAUGGAAGGGGACUUCAAGAAGAGACUAGUGCAGUGAUAAAAACAAGGGAAAAGAAAUCAGCGAAAAAACCACAAUCAGCUAGAUCCAGAAGUCCUAGAAGUCCUGCACCUCAGGCUCAACACAGGAACAUUCAAACCAAGAAACCAGCAAUAAUAGGCUCUCAAAGCACUACAGUAGCAGUCCAGCUUACACCACGCCCAGCACAGAAACAACGGACAACCUCCAGGGCAUCACAGCAAGGAUCAGUGAGAAGUGGUGCUUCAUCCGCCAAGGACAAGGAAAUUUUGAAGGCAGGGUCACCUACUGGGGAUGAAGAUGAGGGUGAGGCUGACUCAGCUCUUGUAACUGAGGCCAAUUCAGAUAAGGAUGACAGGCCGAAAGAGGUGAAGGUCCAUACAAGGUCAGAAGAUGCAUCUGGUGAUACACAUGACCAAGAAGCUGAUGUGAAAGAUGAAACCAGAACUGUGCAAGUUGCUUUUGAUUUGGUUGAAAAUGUUGAACCAGUUGAUAAAACAUCCAAUGGUGAAAAUGAUGAACAGGAUGAGAAUGAAAAAGCUGAAAAACAUUUUAUCUCUUCUGAAGUCUUAAAAACCUCAAUUUCUGCUCCAGCACUAGCCAGUGGGAAAAUGGCUGUUGACUCUGAGGAAGAUUCACCAAUUAAUAGGAUCCACUCAGAGAUUCUUGAGCUGACAAGGAGAAUCAGUCAACCAGAGGUAGGUUUACUGAACUUAAUCAGAGCUACUGAAGAAGCAGAAAAUGAAGCAAAAAGGCUACAGGAGAUGGCUUCUGCAGCUUCUCCAGCCAGAGAAAGCUUGUUGCUGCGAGCAAUGGCUGAGCGUGGAGGCACCGGCUUCUCAAUCCAGGGAGCUCUGCGAGGCUUGUCUCCUCGUGAUCCAAAGCAGCUGACAUCUACCAGUCCCAUGAUGCCAAAACCACCUGUCCCUGCUGUUAAAACUAAGUUGCAGAGUGAUGAAACAAACAGAGCCAGGGUCUCAGUGGAAGAGAAGGAAAGCUCAAGUACAAGCCCAAAGAAAGACAGGGGAAUGGCAAUGAACAGUGAGAUGAGUGCUCCUGCUGAAAUUAACGCCAAACCACAAGAAGCAGAACUGCCGCAGACUGCUAGUAAAGGAACAGUAACAAGGAGGAGUGGAGUGACUGAGAUGGAUGUGUCAGGUUCUCCAUCUCUCAUGUCUUUGACAAGACAAGGACUUGCCAGUCAGAAAACUAUGACAACAGAACAGGCCAUGGAGUGCCUAUUACUUCCUUCUGAAGUGGUUCCAGAAGACAUCAUCAGCAUUAAAGGUCAACAAUUUGAAAUGGUGUCUAAACAGUCUCCUGCCCUGGCAACUGCUCCAGAUUCAGAGAAACAGUGGAUUGAUCUUAAACAAGACAAAACUGUGAUGUUUUUGGAUUCGUGGGAAGUGAAGGAAAAGAAAGAAAAAGAAAAUGACCAAAAGCCUGUCAAGACUCACAACAUUCACCAUUUCUGUACCAUGCCAUCCAGAGUGGAACUACCUCCUCAUCUAUGCAGAUUGACAAGAGAUGAACAUACAAGCAAUAAAUAUCGUAAACUGACAGAGAAGACGAUGGAGGUUUUACAGGAAGAAACUGAUUUAGCUGAAACUGUGGAAGAGGAAACUGGAGAUGAAAAAGAGCCAGAGAAACCAAGUAGAGCUGUUCAGCAGCGACGGUGGUCAGUUGUGGCCCAAAGGAUUCUGGAUGAAGCUUUGGUGGCUGGUGAUGAUGAGGAGACUUUCAAUAGGUUGAAGAGAGCUUCAGAUGAUUUGUUCUCAGUUGAACAAGAGCAAUCACUUGACAUUGUUGGUGUUAAAAUAGAACUGAAAGAUGAUAGCUCAAGACUCUACUGGACACCAGCUCCACCUAAAAUGAACCUGGCGCCUGCCACCAUCAAGUCACAGCUGUACCCAGAGUAUCAGGGGGCAGCUUUACUGCAGGAGAGCCUUGGUGCUGACGUCCGCACUGCCACAGGCAUGGACAGUGAAGACAACAAUGAAACUGAAGCUGAAAUGGAAGCAGAUGGCAUAAGAUACAGAGUUCUGAGCCGAACACACGAGUCCAUGACAGAUCUAAGAAAGCUUUUGGCCGAAUCAGUGGAACACAGGCCCAAAACGGAUUUAGGAGGAGAGGGACGUGCUGAUCGGUUCAGUGCGCAGCUUGGAGGAAUGGGCGAGACAGACCAACAAGCAGGCGGCCCAAGCAGAUUUGUCUCUGUGCUUGACAAGAGGAGACAGGACAAUAAAGAAGACGACACAGACGAAAGAGAAGAGGAAUGGAAUGGUCAAGAAGAGAACUUAGCUGAAGAGAAAGAGGAGACAGGAUUCGUUUACUUUAGAUCGGCGUCACAACCUUUGUUAUCUAUUGGCGACAAGGAUCUGAAAGUUCAAGCGGGUUAUGACGUCAGCAUGAAUGAGUUGAAUUACCAGCGUGAACAAGUCGCUGCCAUCAAAGAAAAGCAGCAAGAAAAACAUGAAAUUGAAGACAGCAUCCUUCCUCAGGAAUCCUCAGCCCCAACGAAAACUACUCCCGCCGAGCACAGUACUGUUUUGGACUUGUCUCACGAGUUGGAUACUGAUGAGGGAAGGACAGAUGCAGGUGAUAGUAUGUCGAUACAAACAGGCACAACUGGUCCAACAAGUCGCAGGAGAAUCCCUCACCAACGAAGAGUGAAGAAAAAGACUAAGAGAGAGUUGGAAAGAGAACGGGCAAUAAGAGAAUUCUUGAAUCAACCGGCAAGGAAAUUAGUCAGAUGCAGGUCAUUCACUGAAGUGAGAUUCUUGGCCGAGGAAACAAUUACAGAAAGAAGGGAAAGCAUCAGUACAAGCGCUGAACUGAUGAGAGUUAAUAGCGAACCUGCACUUUUUGACUUCGACAACGUUUUCAAAAACGAGUUCACCGGAUCAGACAUAGAAAACUUUGAUGAAGUACGUGAACGCCUCUGGUAUGUUUGGUUUGACGAAGUUUAUCCUCCUACACCUGCAUUGCCCGAAAUAAAAUUUGAUCUGCAGAGUUUUGCAUCUCCAAGACCACCAACUCCAAGCAAGUCCUCAGCGGUAGUUAUUGACAAUAACAUAUUGGACGAUAUACAAGUUAUUGAGCCGGAGAUUCAAAGCUCAGACCAAGAAUUGUACCAGGCUCUUCAAGAGGAAGUCGACCGACUUACUGAUUUGAUAGACACAACUCAGGGAAAAGAAUCUUUAGCCAUUCAUUUAUGCCGACGAGGGGCUGUUUACCGAAAGCUUGGACAUCUAAAGAAAGCUUGGGAUGACUUAAACAGAUCUAUUGAACUGGAACCAAAACUGCUGGACGCGUAUUGGCACAGACACCUGCUUUAUCUUUUACAAGAUAACAAAAAGUCAGCUCUGGAGGACUUGUCUUUUAUCAUCAAGAACAGCAGCAGUCAAGCCCGAGCAUUUCGAUCCAGAGCUGAAUUAUAUCGGCAAGAAAAUGAUGCAACAAUGGCCAUUGUCAAUUACUCCCAGGCGAUCAGGUUGAAUCCUGAUGAUGCCGAGACCUACUACCAGAGAGCAGCCAUGUUUAAAAUGCGUGGCGAUUUGAUUUUAGCUCUUGAGGAUUAUAAAAUUGCAGCGAAGCUUUUGCCUUCGAAGACGGAUGCCAUGUUCGAGAUAGGCCUGUUUCGUUUUCAAAACGAAAACUGGACUGCUGCCCUUAGAGAUUUUACAGAGAUUCUCCAGCAGGACCCAGAAGACUCGAAGGCUUAUACUUACAGGGCAAGAGUGUAUGCCAAGAUGGAUGACUUCGAGGCUGCAUUGAAAGACCUAGCCGCUGCUGUUCAUUAUGAUCCUAACAAUGCAGUGGCAUUCUAUCACAGAGGAUGUUUGUUGAGAAAAGUACAUCCGAGGAGAGCUCUGCAGGAUUUGAGUGUGUCUCUCCUUCUUGAUAGCUCUGAAGAUAAUGUCAAAGCAUUUCUGCAUCGGGGAAUUUUGUACACCGACUUGAAAAGAUGGGAGGAUGCUGUUCCUGAUUUUGAGGCUGCUCUUCAACUGGAUUCCAAUUUAGCUAGUGCUCAUGUCAACAUCGGUUUGAUUUACAUCAUCAAAAACAGCAAUUACCACAAAGCUGUUCGUCGUUACACAGCAGCCAUUCGAGUGGAUCCGACAUACAUCAGAGCUUACAUCUGCCGAGCCGAAGCUUAUCACAAACUCCACAUGACUCAAGAUGCCAUUCUGGAUUAUACAAGAGUCAUUCACAUGAGACCGGACGUAUCAGACUACCACAUGGCCAGGGGAAAACUGUUAUUGGAGCAAAACAAGUUAGAGCUUGCAAGUUUUCACGUCAGGCAAGCUGCAGACUUGAACCGAGGUCUGGGAGCAUCGGCAACUCAACAAGCGGUAGUUCAAAGCUUCUUGAAAAAUUUCGACCAGGCCAUUGAAGUUCUUGAACGAGCCACACGUGUGAAACCUGUAGCGCCAUUGUUUAUUCUGCUGGGUAAGACCAACAUGAAGGCCAAGAGAUUUGAGAACGCCAUCAGGAGUUUUGAAAGAGCCAUCGACAUCAUGACUCCAUGGAAUCCUCGAGUGGAAAUGCCAAUAGAAGCUGCAUCUGUUCAUUUCCUGAUUGGCAUGUGUCAUUCAGAGCUUGGGAGGCCACUCGGUGCUCUUGACGCUUUUAAUAAUGCCAUUCGAGUGAACCCAGAUUUUGCAGAGGCUUUCUACCAGCGCGGUUUGACGAAGAUGAAGUUGAAGCACGCUAAAGGAAUCCAUGAUUUUAACCGAGCAUUGGCCAUCAAGCCAACACUUUUCCAGGCAUUUUUGAGUCGGGCAGCUUACUAUGGUCUGAAGGGACGCUACAGUAAAGGAAUCAUGAGCUGUAAUGAGGCCAUUAAGCUACAGCCUCGCAGUGUUAGGGCCUACCUCUACAGGGGAGCGUUGAAAUACAACAUCAAAGCUUUCAGUCUGGCGGUAAAGGAUCUCACAGAAGCUGUGGCAAUCGACUGUAAAUGUUCACUGGCUUACUUCAACCGUGCGGUUUGCUACCAUGAAAUGAGAUUCUUUCAGAAGGCGCUGAUGGAUUAUGGAACAGUAAUGCUACUUGAAGAUGCUCCUAAUAUUAAGGUUCUGCAGAAUCGAGGAUUGCUUUAUUACGAAAUAGAUGACGUGGAAAAUGCUUUACAAGAUUUCCUAGCUGCUGCCAAGGUGUCGCCAGCCAACCCCCAUAUACGUCACACACUGGGUCUUUGUUAUCACAAGUUAAACCGCUUGGAGGAAGCUGUUUCGUCUUACAACGAUGCUCUUCGUAUCGAUCCGUUCUUUGUUGAAGCAUACAAUGGGCGUGGAAAUGCAUUGAUGGACUUUGGACACGAAGAUGGAACUAUUCUGGGAAGACAUGAUUAUUUAAAGGCUCUUCACGUGGACCCACUGUGUUUAUCUGCACGAGUGAACUUGGGCUACAAUUUGCAGGUUGAAGGAAAGUUUCAAGCGGCAUGGAACCAGUUUUCUGCUGCAAUAUCCAUUAAUUCAGCAUGCCAGUCAGCUUUGGAAGGCCGCGCUGUUGUAAACUUACAGAUGGGAAACACGUUUGGUGCCUUUGUUGAUAUGAAUGACGCUAUCAAGAUUUCUAAGACUGCAGAGUUGUUGACGAAUCGUGGAGUAGUGCAGCAGUUCAUGGGAGACUUGGUAAAUGCCAUCCGCGAUUACCAAGCGGCAGUAAAAACAGAUCCAUCGUACGCUCUCGCCUAUUAUAACGCCGCUAAUGUCUACUUUAGACAGAGGCAAUUCAAGCAGGCCCUGAACUACUACGACAAGGCUUUGUCUUGGUAUUCUGAAGACGAAUCUGCAGUUCUUAACAGAGCUAUAACGAAGGUGAUGAUCAAAGACACCCGAGGAGCGAUACAAGAUUUCAACCGAGCAGUGGAGCUGAAUCCGUACGCUGCUCAUCUGUACUUCAAUCGAGCAAACCUUUACGCUUCACUAAGAAAAUACAAGGAGUCUGAGGAUGAUUAUACUAGAGCCUUAAGCCUCAAGCCCGGUGAUGCUCUGGUGUAUAAAAGACGAGCUGACGUUCUUGGCAAACAAGGGAAGAAAGGCGCGGCUAUUGAGGACUACAAGAGAGCAAUCGUGAUUCAGACAACAAAACGAUAGAAACACCAUUCAAUUUCGAUCCUUCUUUGUCAUUUAAAUUUUUUUUUUCAAAUUGGUUAACCGAGAUAGGGGCUUGGAUAAGAACCAAUGUCUACCGUUGCCUGUAAGACUUCACACGCCGUUUGUUGAGCCUGUGAGCAGCCUCUAUGGCCCCUAACUGGACACAGCUGUCUUUUACACCUUUGACAGCCGUUUAUGGAAAAAGUUAUUGCAACCCCAGCUAGACAAAAACUGGUUUGCAGAAUAUAUUUUUGCAGUAUUUGUAAAUUUUGUUGUACAUUUUAAAGGUUUUCUUGUAUAAAUAAGCGUUCUUUGUGUGCAUAUUUUUAGAGGCAAUCUUUGUCAUUUGAGCAAAACCCAACUUUUAUUUAUUAAACGAGCACUGAAUAUUCUUACAGA